AUGGUACACAACGCCCAGCCAAAAGGAGCAGACUUUAUGCAUACGAAAAGGAAAAAAGAAUCCAUGGUACAAGGCGCCCUGCACUACUCUGCCUCCGAGGAUGCGUCGUCCAUCGAAGAGGAUCCACUUCCUUAUGGGGAAGGCGCAUCUCCACUCUCCGCAGGCGCCUCCUCAUAUUCUCCAGCCGCCUCCUCUUGGUCAUUUUGCAUCUCUUGGAUUACAAAAUUCACCAUGUCGGGAAAGUCCACGGUGAUGUCGGGAUAUUCUUGGUCGAGCUUCCUCUUGGCAAGCACCAAGCUAUCCAGAGACGCCUUGGCAACUAGCUCCUGCCCCUCGUCCGAAUGGGCAAAGUUCUUGAGAGACGCCUUCAGUUCCCUAAUUUCCUUGUGA